UAGGCCCGGCUCUGAUAGGGAGCGGCCCGGCUAUUUAAUGAGUGACAGCUCAACACCCCGCUCACACGGCGGUCUCUAGGAGCCGGUUUGAACCUGUUAGCGUGAGGCUGCUGCUGGCUGCCGGGAGCCGCUGCACUGAUAUUGCUGGGGGGUUUCACUCUUCUGCUCUCUGCCAGAUAGCUUCAUACUGAGGCCAUGAUGUUCUUUUGACAGCAGCUCAAGUCUCUGUGUCUGGGGGUGUGUGCCAGUGGAAUGCAUUUGCAAUAGUUCAGAGGUCUGCAGGUUUCCUGUAAAAUGCUUUGGGACCCUGUGGAAGCCUGCCUGGAGCUGAAUGGCCAAUGCCAAGAGCUUGACAUCAGAUAGUGGGUUACUACUGAGGAGCACCUCUCCUGUGGCAGCCUCACCAGCACCCUUCCUGAGAGGGAGCAGGCAAGCAGCCUUCACUGACUUGCUGGCUCCCAACUGAUGGAUCAACAUUAAAUACUAGACUAUAAGUGGAGUGAAGCCAGAAUCAAAAUGACUAAGUGCAAACUUGUUCUGUUAAGGCAUGGGGAAGGAGCCUGGAACAAAGAGAACCGCUUUUGCAGCUGGGUGGAUCAGAAACUGAGCAGCGAUGGGAUAAAGGAAGCUCGGAACUGUGGGAAACACCUCAAAGCACUAGGUUUUCAGUUUGACUAUGUGUUUACAUCCAUCCUAAGCCGUUCUAUUCAGACUGCUUGGCUGGUGUUAGAAGAGAUGGGGCAAGAAUGGGUUCCCACCCAAAGCUCAUGGCGUCUGAACGAACGCCACUACGGUGCACUGAUAGGUCUCAACAGAGCCGAAAUGGCUCUGAACCAUGGUGAAGAGCAAGUGAAAAUAUGGAGAAGAAGCUAUGAUGUUACUCCACCUCCCAUAACUGAAUCUCAUCCUUACUACAAAGAGAUCUAUAAUGAUCGCAGAUAUAAAUGCUGUGAUGUGUCACAGGACAAGCUCCCAAAGGCUGAAAGCUUAAAAGAAGUUCUGGAGAGACUCCUUCCCUAUUGGAAUGAAAAGAUAGCACCAGAACUGAAAAGCGGCAAAAUGGUCCUCGUAUCUGCUCAUGGAAACAGCACUAGGGCACUGCUCAAGCAUCUGGAAGGCAUCUCUGACGAGGAUAUUGUUAAUGUUACCCUCCCUACUGGUGUGCCUGUGCUUCUUGAACUCGAUGAGAAUCUGCGUCCUCUUAGCCGUCACCAGUUUCUAGGUGAUCAAGAAGCUAUCCAAGCUGCCAUCAGAAAAGUGGAAGAUCAAGGGAAAGUCAAACCUGUUGAGAAGAAAUAAUGCUUCCGGAUGCUGCCCCCACUCCCUUGUGUGUGUGGUAAUAAGUAGUGCUUUGUGAGUGUUAAGUUGCACUUUGAGCUUGUUAAUUUUAAAUAUUAAUUAGGAGUGCUAGUUAUGCAUUAGGGUAGUACACCAGCCUUUCACCUUUGGAGGCUAGAGUUCAAAUCCCAAUGUGGGUUACAGGUGAAAAGGCAGCGGCUGAUUUCAUCCUAAGCGGUAGUAAGGAAAACAUAAAAUUGUUAGUCUGCCACAAAUCUUUGCUCAAGAAAGACCCUACCAUAUUGCUUGCUUGGGCAUAUUACAGGUCAGGAUUAAGAACUAUUGGCAGAGCUCUGUGAGGAAAGCUUGCACUGCAGAACACCUGGCUCCCAAUAACAUUUGAAGUCCCUCGCUUUCACAAGUACUAAAUGCUCCCAGUUUGCAAAAAGUAUGUAUUUGGUAGUAAAGUGCCAGUUAGAUUGUUCUUUACUGGAAGUCCUCUUAAGAAGCCUGCCCGUGGCACUAGUGUACUCUGUUCAUCUUAUUGCAGCUGUGCUUGAGAAUGCUGUUUUGCUAGCAGCUUACUUUUUUGUGUUUCAAAAAUAUCUUGUGGCUUGACUCUUCCAAGGCUAAUUCUUGCUCCAGAAAAAGUGCAGUCCUACUAUCCACACAGUGGAGUGAGGUGUGCUUGGAAGAAGUUGUCUCUCUAUAGUUUUCCCCCUUUGCCUUGCUUUCAAAACCAGUCUUUAGGGCUUAAUUCUGCUAGGCUGCACUAGUGAUAAGUGAAGGAUGGCCCAGUGGUUGGGGCACUGACCUGGGACAAGGUAAACCCAGGUUCAACUCCCUGCUCUACCAUAGACUUUUUUUGUGACCUUGGACAAGUCACUUAGCCUUUCUUAGUAUGUUGACACAGCCCACAGCAGUGAACUUCUGGGUCAACAAACAGGUUUGUGGGGCUCAUGCUAGUGCUCUGAAAAUAGCUCUGUAGAGAGCGCUUGGACAGGAUGGCUUGGGCUCUGAAGCCUUGGGAGAGGGGUUAGAGCAUUAGUGUAAGCCUCACUAGAUUGAGUCUAUCGACCCAGGCUGGGAAGCUUGCUUCUGUAGGCUGUGUAAAUGUACCCUUAGUGCCUCAGUUCCUAUCUGUGAAAUGGGGCUCCCAGAGAGGAGACGGGCACCCUGUGAUAAAACCACCCACUGAAAUGACACUCCUGCAGCCAGGUUGUUCAGGGGAAAUGUACACAUGCAUGCAAACCUAGUGAAAUUUCACUGAUGUAACUCAGCAGACUUUAGCCCUCAAAACACAGAGCACAAAGAGGUUAGUGCAUGAAUAGAACUUCAGACUUUUGUCAUGGACUUAGCCCUUAAUUAGAACAGGAAUCGGGAUAGGUUUCAAGCACGUAACAGAAUCUAGAGGCUUGAUCCCAUUCCCAUUAAAGUCACUGAUAACACCGACUUGACUUUGAAUAGGGCCUGAUCCAAACCUUUGAAAUUCCCCACUUUCACCACUCUGUGGCGCUCCAGAUAAGGGCUAGAGAAGAGUGGUCUCCACUGAACUCUACAAACAUUUUUGUAAGCGAGAUUCCCAUGCCGGUCCCAAAAUUAACUCCUUGCAAGAGCAAUACUGGAGAGAUUGUAAUAGUGAGUAGUGUAUGUAUGUGCAGUGCCACUCCAAGAAAUAAAUACAGCUGUUUCAUCAUGUGAUCCUGUAAACAGUAGAGAGAGUUAAAAUUUACUUCAGAGUUUGUUCCUGUGAACCUCUUAUCACAACUGCCUACUACAGUGUGUGGUCUUAAUUUCCUUUCUAAAAACAACCCAAAAAACCUCAACUUGAGUGUGUUUUUGUUUGUUUGUUUUUUUUUUUUUUUUUUUUUUACAGGCACUCUUGUCAGGAAAUUCCACUUUGAGGCCUUACUCUCAUUUCUCUUGCACUGGUGUAAAACUGCUGUAGUUUAAAUCUGAAUCCAUCCCAGUAAUUGAACUCUUUCAGUGGUCCCAAUUCUGCCCUCUGAUGCACAGAGCUCCCACUGAUUUCAAUGGAAAUUGCAUGUGCCUAUCUGAAGGCAGAAUUUGGCCCUUUGUAUGUUCAGUGCAGCCAAGCUAUGACUGCUGAGGGAACAACUAUGAAUUCCCUGAGUGCAAUGCCUGUAAAAAUCUCACAUAGCGUUUUUUGCAGUGAGUGGCUUGUUUGUUUGGAAUUUUAUAGGUUCAAGAAAACGAUUGCCCCCUGGCGAGUUGAGCAGCCUUGCACUUCUGUAGCACUCUGACUUUCAGAGUGUAGUAGUAGCUUGUGUCACUAACACAAGCUGACUGUAACAGACAUAUUGCUGGGUAUCUUUCCUUGACAUGAAUGGUAUUUGGACACUUGGGAUUUUUGGUUAGGUUGCACUAGCAAAAGGGGGCUGGUGGCAGUCUCUCCUGGUGUUUUUUUCUUUUCUUUUUUUUUUAAGAUAAAGUUUCUCUUUCUAAAAUACAAAGUCAUAGUUUAUUUUAAUCCUCAAAUGUAUUGUGCACUAGAUGAGAACCUCUUUGCAAUCACCUAUGCUUGUGACAUUGAAGCAACCUACAGCCUGGUAUAUGGGUUUUUUUGUAUAUAUUCAUCUGUAUAUGGUGUUUGAGUCAAAAAUGAUCUCCUCCUCCACAGUAGCAUCAGUACGUUGGCUGCCGAUCAGUGAACGUUCACUUUCCAGAGCCACACUGAAAAGCCCCAUCACUAACAUGGCUUUCUCUUUGGUGUGACAGCUGACGCUAGCACUGGUGAAGAUGUUCAUGAAGCAGCACUACUACAGACUUCAGCAGGAGUGGAGUCCCUCAUCUGUGUGCUUUGAGAUGUUCUUAGAUGCCUGAAUGUGGUGGGGGAGGGGAGUGAAAAGAAAUAUAGGAAAUCUAGUAUUUUUUAUAGAGUAUAAUUAGUAUAGUUUUGCAACCAAGGCUACCAGCACCACUUGCUGUUCUCCGCUAUAUACACGUAACUCCCAUUGGCCACACUGGGAUUCAUGGAUGUGUAGCUGAGCUGAGGCCAGAGCAUGGCUUUCAGCUGGUUACCAUACUGCACUGCUUUGGCAUUGCAGUAUGGUAACCAGCUGAAACAUAGGAAUUUUUGGGAACUUGAGAUGCUGCAGAUACAGUGUAAUGCUUGAAUGCUGAUAAAUAAGCCAAACUGCACAGGCAUUUCACAUAACGCACAGGCAGGGCUAGAUAGCCGUGUCUCGUGCUCUCACGCAGAAGGGAAAGGAGCACUGAUCUUAAGAACACCUGACCUUUAAGUAGAUGGGUUGGACGGAAAGUGCUGAGUAAAUGUUCAGAAGCCCUAGGUUCAGCAGCCAGUCGAGUGGGGCAAAUCAAAAAUAGUUUCAAAUGGAACUGUUUUUUUGCAAUUCUCUUAACUCAUGUGGCAGUGGGAGUGCAGCCGGAAGUUGGACUGCAGUUGUUUGGGCUGAGACUCUAUUUGAUGACACAGCAGCUCACCAAGGUUCAAUACCCAUGCUCUUCAGCAUUGCCAGUGCAGGGAGCAACAGACUGAGACCUUCAUCUUCUCCUGGGGGCUAUAAAAUGCCCCUCAAUAGGGAUCAGAAUUGGAGGCCCAAGCCAGGAGUUUCAGUGCUGGUAAGUGGUCAGGUCUCUUGGCAUCCCUUGUAACUAUAUAUUAUUGACACACAAUGGGAAGGUGAGGUGUACUUGUGGACAGAAGCCAGCAUUCAUGGGGAAGGGGGCCUGAUCUACAGGCUCUGUUAUCUUACAGCAAAGAGAUGGAUGAGAAGCAGGCCAGUGACCCUUCUCAAUCCAUAAUUAGAAGAUGCUCAGAGCUCCAGAAAUAAUACAGCAUUUCCACAGCUGGUGACAUAGGCAUGAUUGGUUUGCUUAUGUGUUUGAAAUAUGUGGUUUGUUGUGUGAUCCUGUUGAGAACUCUUGUAAAUAUUUACUUGUAGAGCUGGCAAGUUCUUUAAAAUUCAAUAAACCACCUGAAAUGCAACU